AAAAAAAAAGACAUGUUAACAUAAUGUUGUGCUAUGACCAGGUGCUGUUCCUAACAUAAGGUGCCAACAGCUAUGAGCACCACAGUAUUUGAAUGCCACUUGGCGUUUAAAGAAUGCCACUUGGCUUGUUAAGGGACACCUCUUCUGUAGCCACUAUAGACAAAGCAGUUUUUCAAGUUUCUUUCCGUCUUCUAGAUACUGUGCGGUACAUUGCUUGCUGGUUUGUUGAGAUGAAAUGAUAUAAAAACAGCGACACCUGCCAUGAAAUGCAAGGAUACCAAGCGGACAACUUUAGAAGUCUGCUGUCAAUUGAAUGAUCCAAGAUUUUGUCAUUAUUUGGCAAUGUCAGCGGACGGCAAUGAAAAUUAGUCUCUGACAUCAUGUCCAUCAGUCACGUGGUUGGUCAAGAAUGAAGAUGAGCAUGUCUUGUUGGCUAAUAGUGAAGAAUUUAAACCAGUUCCCCUAUGUUUCCCUUCUCCUGUCCUAUUAUGAAGGUAAAUGCAGAGAAGGGAUUAUGGUUAAACCACCUAAAAAUCAGCCAUUACCUGUAUAGAUCAUGGUUCAAUCUCUGGCCCUCUCUAAGUGUCCAUGAUCAUGACACUGAGAAACCGCCCCUGCCCCAAUUUAUGUCUAUGGUAAAAGGGGAAUUAUUAAGUGGUUAAAAUUAUUCAUUCAAAUUUAAUAUUUGAAUGAAAAACAAAACAAAUCAAUCAAUCUGAAAAGCAAAAACAGUAUUGUGAUAUUAGGGGUCUGUUGGACCCUGUAUACUGGGAAAUGCUAUGUUGUCGGGGGGGGGGGCAUCUUAGGGCAGCUCUUGUGUGAGUUUCCACAGACACAUGUUUCUUCUUAAAAACUGCUUUUUAACGUGAGUGACCAAAGGGGAUUUUUAACCAAAUUAACCAUGCGGGGAAAAAAAGUAAUUGAUCCUUAAAGGACCCUUCUAUAUCCAAGGGUCAAAAGGUUUUGCAAGUAAUUAAAACUCUUACAAAAGUGCAACUCAGUCUUUAACCUGGAUAAAAAAAUGGAGCUUAAAGAUGAGCUUUAAAGCGAACAUUGUGUUAAAUAUUUUUGAUAGUGGAAAACAUUACUGAACAACUGGAGCAAGAACGUGUUGUGCAAUACUGCAAUUGCCCUUCCUGUCAUUGUCAAAAAUAUUCUAGCACUUUUUGUAGGUGUGGCUGUCCAAAAAUUUGCUCACAUUAGAUCAGCUGCGCAAUAAUUAGGCUACACAAAAUCCACACAGCAUUUUUGUUUGAAUUUAUGACGCUUUUAAUUUAUUUUAUACUUAAAUUUUUGUUUAUCAGUGGCUCAUCAUAACCACAACAAUCAAAUAUUUCCAUUUGUCCAGGUAAGGUAGCUUCAGUGUGUCAGAGUAUACGCAGAUGUGUUGUGUUGAGUCAUUUUCCAGUACUUAGUCUUGAAUGCAUCAGUAAUACCCUGUUGUGAUAGUGUUUUGGGUAUUGAACAGUUUGAUGCUGUGUGUGAAUGUGUAGAAUUUUGGAAGGCCAUUUAUUCAUUCUCAGAACAAUAUAUGAUGGAAAAUUUGUAAAAAACCAGAAACUGUAUUAUCAUAAUUUUAAUGCAAAUGUUCUAAUCUUUGGCAAAAAUGUAGGAACCGAAAUCAGCCUGAUUAAAAAAAUGCAUCAAGCUGAACAUGUAGUGCAGGAGUGUCAUAUGACAAUGCUGUUAUGGGUGGUCCCAUGAGACAUUUUGACUCUAGGGAUGCUGGCACCGAGCCACUAUGGCCUGUAAACAACAACAGCGUCAAGUUGAAGUAAACUGGAUCUGAGUGUCGGCCUUGUUGUCUGGCGCUUGUCUGAUUACAACAAGCACAGUGAAGUGGUCUUCAACAAUGCGUCGAAGGUGUGUCUGAUUGAUAUCCUUCAGACGGGACAUCAUCCUCUCCACUGGGUUGCUUACUAGCCAUGUCCUCACAGCAGCCCAACAGCUCAGCCUCCAACAGCCCCACCACCAUCUUGGGUUCUCCUUUCUCAGUGAUCAGUCCCUCACUUAACUCCACAGUUGUCUCACCCUCUCUGGGAUUUGGACCCAUCAGCAACAGUCAGAUCUCAUCCUCAGCACCCAUAUCAGGGAUGCACUCGAUCAGCAGCUCAGAGGAUAUCAAGCCUCCAUUUGGCCUGAGGCCCAUGCCAGCUCACAGCCCUGGAAUAAUGUUGUCUCAGAAACGCCUGUGUGUCAUCUGUGGAGACCGCUCUUCUGGAAAACAUUAUGGAGUGUACAGCUGUGAGGGUUGCAAAGGCUUCUUCAAACGAACUGUGCGCAAAGACCUGAGCUACACCUGCAGGGAUAACAAAGAAUGCCUGGUCGACAAACGCCAGCGCAAUCGCUGCCAGUACUGCCGCUACCAGAAGUGCCUGGCCAUGGGCAUGAAGAGGGAAGUGAUCAAACAUGUAAAGUGGAUAAAAGAAGAUGGAAAAGAUGAGGGAUGGAUGACGGUCCAGGAGGAGCGCCAGAGGAACCGAGAGCGUGAAGGAGAGCUGGAGUUCAGUGUUGGAGUGAAUGAGGAGAUGCCUGUGGAGAAGAUUUUGGAGGCAGAGACAGCAGUGGAGCAGAAGACUGAGCUUCAUUCUGAUGGAGGCUCUGCAGGCAACUCUCCCCAUGAUGCAGUUACCAACAUCUGUCAGACUGCAGACAAACAACUGUUUGCCUUGGUGGAGUGGGCAAAGAGAAUCCCGCAUUUCUCCGAACUGCCCCUUGAUGACCAGGUCAUCCUUCUGCGUGCAGGGUGGAAUGAGCUCCUCAUUGCCUCGUUCUCCCAUCGCUCCAUUGCUUUGAAGGAUGGAGUUCUCCUGGCAUCUGAGCUGCAGCGCGACAGUACACACAGUGCAGGAGUUGGAGCCAUUUUUGACAGGGAGAGUGUGCAGAGUGCAGAGGUCGGCGCCAUAUUUGACAGGGUUCUUACUGAGCUCGUCAAUAAAAUGAGAGAUAUGGCAAUGGACAAAACAGAGCUGGGCUGCCUCCGAGCCAUCGUCCUCUUCAACCCAGAUGCUAAAGGGCUCUCCAACACCAGUGAGGUGGAGCUACUGAGAGAAAAGGUCUAUGCAUCAUUGGAAGCCUACUGCAAACAGAAAUACCCAGAGCAGCAGGGAAGGUUUGCUAAGCUGCUUCUUCGACUGCCAGCACUGCGAUCCAUUGGCUUGAAGUGCUUGGAGCAUCUCUUCUUCUUUAAGCUGAUCGGUGACACACCUAUUGACACUUUCCUCAUGGAAAUGCUUGAAGCUCCCCAUCAGUUGUCUUAGAUAGGAAAUGCGUACUGUGGUUAGGUUCAGAUAGCUGAAGUCUGGGAAGCUGGAGUGGGACUGGAGUGGCACUUUAAGUUCUUUGAAGAUUUGUCAAUUUGUCUCACUGCUGUCUGGGUUACACUUUUUUAGUGCAGCACAGAUUUGCUCUUUAGACCAAACCCAAGGCUUGGCAUGAUCUACAAGCUGGUGCUAUAUGUUGAAAUAACUUCAUGAGUAACUAUGGUUUAAAAAAUAUUUUUAAAAAUGUAAACAUUUACAUAUUUCCCUCACAGGAAUAGUAUAAUAAUUUGGGUACACGUUUUUAUACAAACUUUUUAGACACCUCAAACAUUAAGCUUCAGUUGUUUCUCCAGCUGAACUGAUCUCUAAACCCUGUUUUUUAAAAAGGAAGGCAACCUCAAUGGUGAGUACGCAUUAAGGACUUAGUCUUCUUUUUAUAAUUUCUAAUUCAAACCAGAUCAAAAAAUGUAUUAUUGUACCAAACAGUCACCGGUAACUGCGUCCAACCACAGCUCUGGGUUUACUUCUAUCCAUUGCAAAAUAUAAAAUUCUCACAGUGACCCUGGGAUAGACAAGUCAGUGAUUGAAACUGUCAGGUCAGACUUGUACAUGUUGAUUGAGGAUCAGCUUUGUGUCUGGUAAUAUACAGGUAGUGUUGUUUACUUCUUUGCCAUUUUAUAAAUCUUAUCACUUUGUGGUUAACGAUUAGACUGCACUGCACACUUGCUAUGUACUAUUUUUAAAACAUACUUUCAAUAAACACCUGGCCUGUAAAAUGGUCAGGUGUUUGUCUUUUGGUGCUAUUUCAGAGAUAAAUUGACAUUGUUGGUGCAAAUGCACACCAAACCACAAACCUAAGAAAAUAUGCAAAACUGAAAAUCCCUUUGUUGAUCUUUGUUGAAAUGUAGCAAUAUAAAAUGUAAAAUGCAUAAGAGCUUUCUGCUUGUCAGUUGUUCAGGGGUUUUACAAAGUAAAUCAUGUCUGGUGGAAAGGGAAUACUCCAUUUUGUAAUUUAUCUAUACAAUUCUAAGGUACUGUGCAAAAAUAAUUGUUCAGGGAAAAUGUAUAUUGAUAAAUUUGAAUUAUGAUCAGGAGAUACAAAUUAUUUAAUUCUUAUGUGCCCUUGUUUUUAGUUUUCAGCUAGUAUAAAGCAGAACGUGUCUUGGGUUGCACUGGAUUUGCUGAGACUGUUUCAGCUUUUUUUUUUUUUUUUUUCAUUUUUUUGAUGCUCAGUUGUAUAUCCUAC